GCAGCAGCAGCUCGGUGUGUCAGUGAGUUUCAGUGACUGAGAGGCUGUAGCGGAGCAGCACCGACUAACGGGACGCAGGUCGAGACUUUGACAACAUCAAAAUGAGCCUGUCAGUUCCGCAAUUUGAUAGAAUAUUAAACUGUGCAGAUGAGUUGAACUGUGUGUUGAAGUUGUCUCUCAGCGUGUAGUAGUCCGGUGUGUUGUGUAGUCUGUUAGACCGUUAGUCUGUUAGUUCAAAUCUUCAUCUGGACCGGGACCUCAGCUAACCAACCGGAGCCAUGAUACCUGAAUGUCCCCGCACCGGGGACUCGAGGAGCCGGACUCGCCUCCAGCACAGUCCCGCAGCCGAACCGAGCCAGAACCAGAACCAGAUCCAGAACCAGAGCCAGAGCCAGAGCCGCGGCAGCAGCAGCGGCUUGUUGUCCGAGAUCAGAACCAGCAUCAGCAAGGAACCUUUCACCGACCACUACACCAUCAUCCCAGGCAGAGAGCUGGGCAGGGGGAAGUUUGCUGUGGUCAGAAAGUGUGUGGAAAAAUGCACAGGCCUUGAGUACGCCGCAAAGUUCAUGAGGAAGAGACGGAAAGGCCAGGACUGCCGGACGGAGAUCAUCCAUGAGAUCGCGGUACUGGAGUUGGCCACAGCCAGCGCCCGGGUGGUCAACCUCCACCAAGUCUAUGAGAUGGCCUCUGAGAUGGUGCUGGUCCUGGAGUUCGCGGCUGGAGGUGAGAUCUUCAACCAGUGUGUGUCAGAUCAGGAAGACGAGGCCUUCAGCGAGGAGGACGUGAAGAGGCUCAUGAGGCAGAUCCUGGAGGGAGUCUCCUUCCUCCACCAGAACAACGUUGUCCACCUCGACCUGAAGCCUCAGAACAUCCUGCUGACCAGCAGCUCUCCUCUGGGGGACAUCAAGAUCGUGGACUUUGGUCUGUCCCGGAUGGUCAGCAGCCACCAGGAGCUCAGGGAGAUCAUGGGAACUCCGGAGUACGUUGCUCCUGAGAUUCUAAAUUAUGAGCCCAUAAGCACAGCAACAGAUAUGUGGAGCACCGGUGUGUUGGCCUACGUGAUGCUGACGGGCAUCUCUCCGUUCCUGGGCGAGAACAAGCAGGAGACGUUUCUCAACAUUUCCCAGCUCAAUGUGAGCUACAGCGAGGAGGAGCUGCAGCAGCUGGACCGGGCCGCCCUGUCCUUCAUCCAGAUGCUGCUCCGCAAGCAGCCACAGGAUCGGGCCACAGCAGAGCAGUGCCUCAAACACCCCUGGCUUCAGUUCUCAGAGCCUCAGGAAACCCAAACGGUGGAGGAGAUCCUCCCGGUGGAGGACCAGGAGGCAUCCAGCUCCACCAGCAGCCCCACCAGUAGCCCCGAACCUCCCAGCAGCCCGACCACAGCUGAGAAUGUGGAGGAGGAGGAAGAGGGGGAGGAGGGGGAAGGCCCGGUGACGGAGGAGCUGAUCGUCAUGGCAGCCUACACCCUGGGCCAGUGCCGCCAGUCCUCCUCCUCCAGCUCAGACAAGGAGGUGCUUGCUGCCGAGCAGAAGGCCAUCUCCAAACGCUUCAAGUUCGAGGAGCCUUUCAGCGCCCUGCAGGAGGUCCCCGGAGAGUUCAUCUACUGACACCACCUGACAGCACUGUGUUAGCGUUGUCACGGUAACUAAAAUAAACCUUCUGACUGUACAAACUCCCCUCCAUGUAUACUGUACGUGUAUAAUCAGAUGCUGUUGCACACUGAUUUUAUUUAAGCAGUUGGAUUUUAAGUGCAUUUUUUAAGUACGUACUCACAUGUUUCUUCCACAAUGCAUCACCUCGCUUGACACCCACUCCACCCCGCCUUCUGCAACAGCUACAGCAGGUUUACGUCUCUCGUAUUUCAUUUGGUUUGCCGUUGUGUAUUUUUUUCUUUUCUCUCUGAACAACUGGCCAAAUCUAGACAGCAUGACACGCGGAGAUAUUUCCAGAAGCUACAGUAGAGUUUGUAUUGGACUGUGUUGAAGUGUGAGGUCUUCUUUCCGGAGCUGUCAGUUUUAGACCAACUUUUAACAAUCAAACACGGAGAUUCUUCUGAAAAGAAUUCACAUUUUUGUGAAUUCACACAGUGAAGCCUCAAUACGUAAAUAAACGUAUACAUACAAAAAUUCAAAUCAUUGAUUGAGAUUGAAAGUUCAUUUUUGACCUUGACGACAGCAGUUUACAAAACAAUCCGACUACAAGGUGCAUGCGGUAGUUCUUCUGGAGCUUUUCGACCGUAUCAAUUCUUCAGCAGACGGAGUUUGCCCAGUUUUCACGAAGAAAGAGUCGAGUGAGAAAAAAAAGUACUUUGAGUUUGAAUUGGGGCUGUCAAAGUUAUCGUAGUAAAAGUAAUGUAAAUUUGUUUUAAAGCCACUAAUUUCUUUAACGCAUUAACGCAAUUGUGUACUACGACACAAAGCUUCAGAACAGAUACUAAACGGACCUUGUGAUGAAAUUGUUUUGUUAAAAAAAAAUGUCUUCAAAUAAAUAUUUGUGCUAAAUAUAAA